CAAGACUUCUGUCCGUCCCAUUCCAGACCUCUCGCUAUAGGUUUCCACGAUAAUCUAUAUCGACAUAACUCAAUGGCGCCUUGCUCCCUGGAUUUCUUACUGUCUCGAAGCACGGAUUUCUAUGAGAUCAACUCGGAAAUGACAACCGCCAGCACACAUCAGGGAACCCACCUCCCGCGGACAUUUGACCCGAAUGUCAUGCUAGAAUCGAAACCAUACCGCUCCAAUUGCCGGGAAUUCAUUGCUCAAUAGAAUGUCGAGCCUUUUCCAACAACGGACAUCCCCAGCAUGACGAUGACCCCUCGUUAUCAUAUCCUCCGCUACUUAAACACUUCCUGCUCAAGCUUGACCCCAAUAACUUAACAUCACGGCAACGAAAAUCCACCUGAACUCUCUACCUGACGAUGUCUACUCCGAAGUCCGCCCGCGAUGCAUCUCGACAGACUUCUGGGGAUCUCCCCACCGAGUCUUCCGAGAUAGGCAACGUCGGUGUGAAGAGAAUGGAGGCCCUCUAUGAAUUCCUUUUUCCUGGCCUUCGUGCCAUAGUCUUCGUCGGCCUCUUCUUAGUUGCCUACGUUUACGGUCUGGAUGGUCUAGUGCGGAGCACAUAUCAGCCUUACGCUACAGCCUCGUAUAGAAGCCACAGCCUACUUGCGACCGUUGAUAUCCUGCGAGCUGUCAUUGCAGCAGCGAUUCAGCCAACUGCAGCCAAGAUCGCGGAUGUGUUUGGGAGACCCGAACUGAUCGUGCUAUCGAUCGUGUUCUAUACCGUCGGUACUAUCGUCGAGGCUUGCUCGAGGACCGUUGAACAAUUCACCGCAGGCGCAGUGCUAUACCAGGUUGGCUAUACAUCUAUUGUGCUACUCGUCGAAGUUCUUGUCGCCGACUUGACGUCCCUUCGAUCUCGCUUGUUGCUCUCCUAUAUCCCUGCGAUCCCUUUUAUUAUCAAUACCUGGGUUAGUGGAAACGUUGCGGCAGCUGUUCUGCGCGCCACCAGCUGGCGUUGGGGGGUUGGAAUGUUUGCGAUAAUGUACCCUGCCUGCACGGUCCCACUGCUAGCCAUGCUGUUUAUUUGUCAGUAUCAUAUGAAGCGUUGUGGCGAUUUUAAUGGCCCUUGGGGACUUUCUUUCACAUGGUGCUGCGCCAGAGAAUUGUUCUGGUACAUGGAUGUGAUCGGCAUCAUCCUAUUAAUCGCGUGCCUAUCCCUGAUACUAGUUCCCCUCACCAUUGCAGGAGGCUUCAGCGGGCGAUGGAAACAGGCCAAAGUGAUUGCGCCUCUGGUAAUGGGGUUUCUAUGCAUCCCCGCGUGGGUUCUUUGGGAAAGAACAUGCAAGCACCCCUUGGUGCCGUUCAAGCUGCUCAGAGACCGAGCUAUCUGGGGAUCCUUAGGAAUCGCCGUGAUGCUCAAUACAGCCUGGGCAAUGCAAGGAGAAUAUUUGUAUACGGUUCUCGUCGUCAGUUUUGACGAGAGUAUCAGCAGUGCGACAAGAAUCCACUCGCUCUACAGCUUUGCCUCUGUCAUUACUGGUUGUCUGCUGGGGUUUGUUGUAUACGGAGUGAGACGACUCAAACCUUUCAUCGUUGCAGGUACCCUUUCAUUCAUGGUCGCGUUUGGUAUAUUGAUCUAUUACCGUGGGGGGCACGCUGGAUCAAGCCAUUCAGGUAUCAUAAGUGGGCAAGUUAUUCUAGGCAUUGCUGGUGGGCUCUUUCCAUACUCCGCGCAGGCAAGCAUCCAGGCUGCUACCAAGCAUGAGCAUCUCGCCGUGGUCACCGGUCUCUUCAUGGCCUGCUACAACGUCGGCAGCGCUGUUGGGGGAACCAUCUCGGGGGCAAUCUGGACUCAAGUCCUACCUAAGCAGCUCGAAACCCGCCUGGGCAACGCCACGUUAGCGGCCGAGAUAUACGCAGAUCCGUUCACAUUCAGCCAGCUUCACCCCAUCGGAACAGCAGAUCGGGAUGCGGUCGUCGACGCGUAUAAGCAUGCGCAAAUGCUGCUGUGUAUUACUGGUCUUUGUCUGACCGUGCCGCUAGUUGCGUUCGCUCUCUGCACCCGCAAUACAGUCCUCACACGUGAGCAGAGCCUUGAAAAUGCUGAGGAGUACUCGGAGUAGGAGG